AUGUCCGCUGCCGCCUACUCGAAGGACCCAAAGAUGUGCCUGCAGAAAAUGAACGCUACUAAAGAUUUUGAAAUUAAAGACAUUAUCAAACACGAUUGCGAAGAUUUACCGUUAUUUACGCACGAAAAGUGUUUUGCCUAUACUGCAGUUUCACAUACACAUAGAGUUAUUACCCUUGCUUUCAGGGGAAGCACUGCGGUUUCACAAAUUGUUGAUGAGAUGAUUUCUGUACUAACUUUUCAUAAAGUUCCAUUUCCAAUCGGUGGGAAAGUUCAGCGUUAUUUCGCUGAUGCUCAUAAAAAGUUGUAUAAUGAUGUAAACGCAAGCGUCACAACCCUGGUCAAAAUGUAUCCAGAAUACAACAUUGUGGUUACAGGACACUCGCUUGGUGGCGCACUCGCAACACUUGCAGCUUCUACCUUUGCAUAUCAACAUGUUAUUCCGUUACGCAAUAUGUCUAUAUACACCUUUGGACAACCCAGGGUUGGUGAUAAAAACUUUGCUUUCAAUUAUGAUCGGUUGAUAAACAACAGCUGGAGAGUGGUCCACAAUAGAGACAUUGUUAGUCAUUUGCCAACGUGUAGACUAUUUACUGGUUGUUCCACGCCUGAUAACGGACCGUAUCACCAUCGAACAGAAAUCUUUUACCCAAACGAUACCAUGAAAAAGAACUCUUUUUAUAAGGAAUGUAGAGGAGACGAUUCUUACAAUUGUAGUGAUGGUAUGAUACAGAAGAAACCGUGCACAGUCGAUAUUGUAGAUUGUAUCGAAUACCACAAGUACUACUUCAAUCUUCGCGUAGGCACACUUUGUCAGCAUGUUUUGACAAAAAAGUGA